GUUAUACUGCAACUUCAGUCGUCGGAGGUUGACCUCUGGUUCAGAAUGUGGCUUUUAAAUGACCAACCUCAUACCUAAAUCUCACCAACAGGCUAUGGGUUGCUGCGUUGGAAAGUUUCUCGCAACAUGAAGGCAUGCUGAAACCAAACAUCAUGACAGAGGACUUAUUUCAAACCAUGAACUGUCAAAACUCUUCCUUGCUUUUGGACAAGAAGGGACUGAAACAGUUCCCUGUGAAGCUACUGCAGGACAGUCAUGUGAAGUACAUUUCCGUUGCCAACAAUGAUCUUAAAACUCUUCCUGGGGAAAUAGGUAAUAUGACAAAUUUGGAAGUCUUAGCUGUGCAGGGAAACAAGCUCACAACACUCCCCACAGCACUGUGGAUGUCAGGUCUCAAAGCACUCAAUAUCAGUGACAAUCAAAUAAGAAGACUCCCAGAGGAGAUAUGUAAUCUGAAGGACAUUUUACAGUUUCAUUCUAGUAACAACAGUCUUGAUAAUCUGCCAAGUUCAUUUGGAAAUCUAACCACCUUAGAGGUUAUUUCCCUGAAUGACAACCAUUUGAGUUUUCUGCCUCAUUCUUUUGAAAAGUUGAUCAACCUAAAAAUAUUGAAUUUGGAGAGAAAUAACUUGACACUGCUUUCAAGUAAUGUGUGGCGACUACAAAAUCUCAUUCAGCUAAAAAUUUCAGGAAACAAGAUUGUGAUUUUACCAGAGCAAAUUUCACAGAUGAGAAAUCUGAAAGAGCUGUCUCUCAGCGACAACAGGCUGUCCUCUAUACCUUCACAGCUAUUCAAUCUUGCCAAUAUGGAGGUUCUAAACCUUUCCGGAAACCAGCUGACAGUCAUACCUGAUGAGGUGGGAAAACUGGGGAACUUAAAAGUUUUGAAACUCUGUGGAAACAAAAUCAAAGUACUUCCAGAGAAGAUCAGCACCUGCUCCAAACUUCUUCGCCUCUCUGUGAACCGAAAUCUUCUGGCCAAACUCCCCAGGGCUAUUGGGGCACUGGCUUGUCUUGAAGAACUGCGUGUCAAUGGAAAUCAGGUAGAGACACUACCAAAAGGAAUCAGCUCUUUAAAAAGACUCUCUGUGUUGGAGUGUGCUGAGAAUCUUUUGGUUCAAUUCCUUGUCGAUGGACACAGCCUGUGUGGAUUAACCUAUUUGAAUCUCAGUUGCAAUCAUCUUCUUGCCUUUCCGCCUGAGUUGUACUCAGUGCCAUCCAUACAACAUCUGAACAUAAGUAAAAAUCUCAUAUCAAAACUUCCUCCUGGCGUUGGUGAAAUGCACACACUACAGCAUCUCAACCUCAGUGAAAACCGCCUCAACUCUCUUCCAAAACGCCUCUAUCAGCUCGACAAACUUUGUCAUUUGGAUCUUAGUGGCAAUGCCCUUCAAGGAAUCCCUGAGGGAAUCACUGGUCUCCAAAGAAUCCAGGUCCUAUUGCUGCACAACAACCAACUGAAGGAGCUCCCUCCUGAGUUUUGUUUUCUGAGGACCUUGAAUGUGCUAAAUCUGUCAGAAAACCAGAUCGAAAACAUCUCCUCUAACAUCAGAUGUCUAAAAGACCUCAGAGAACUCAAUCUUUCCAGCAACCAGUUCACCUCAUUUCCUGAGGCAAUAUGUAACAUCAGGUCACUUCGGAAAUUGGUCAUAAGUAACAAAAAAGGCAACAAGCUCACCUCACUCCCUGAGACUUUAGACAAACUCCGAAAUCUAAAGGAGCUGGAUUUUUCGGAUAACGAAGUGAAUUAUAUCCCAGAAGAUUUGUGCGACCUGAGGUAUCUUACUAAGCUCAUAGCCAGCAACAAUUUGUUAACGGAUCUACCUCAGUCCACUACAUCCCUGAAAAACCUGAAGCACAUCGACCUACAAGGUAACUUAUUGCAGGGCCUUCCAUCUUACCUGGCUCAGAUGAAAUCUCUGAAGCUGAUAAAGUUGGAGGGAAACCCUCUAACAAGCCCACCCAAAGAGACCUGUGAUGGACAGCAGGCAUUACCAAUUGGAUGCUACCUCAGUUGUGAGCUGACAUGGAAUGAGCACAUAUUGCAAAAGAUGUUUCGAUUUGUGGCCAAUAAUAUGCCAAAGACGGACUUGCAGUAUUUCUCUGACAGACUUUGUGUUCCUGCUGAGCUGACACUAGCGGAUAAAGGGCUCUCCCUCAAAGAAAAGACCAUGGCGGUUUUGAACCUGUGGAGGGAUGUCUUUCACCGUAAUGCAAAGCCUGCAGCCAUAACAGACCGGUUAGUUAGGGUCCUGGUCCUAGCUGGGUUCCAAAGCCUUUCUGCCCAAGUGCAGGCCAUAAAGAUCUACGCCAAAGCCAUACGACUGUGAAGGCUAUUAUAGUUAUUGCCAAGUGGACUUUUUCAACGGAGUGCUGAUUGAUCAUCAUUACCUCCUCAAUUUCAUGCUUUAUGCUGAUUUAUAUAAAACAAAGAAUGUAGUCAUUAACUCUGCUAAGUUUUAAGAGAUUUACUUGACCAGCUGCAGUCCUAUUCUGCUUUGUUACUUAU